AUGGCCUGGCGUGCAGAACGGCUGUCAUGUGAUGGCAAGAACCAGGGAGGAGGGUGGGAAGGGGUCAUUGCUGCAGCCACUGUGGAGAGCGCGGUGGCCACUCCUGAGGAAGUGCUGGUGGGCGGCCUGGAGUUCUGGCUGGGCACCCUGCACAUCACGGCGGAGCGGGCCCUGACGCUGCCGGCCCUGGCGGGGCUGGCGGCGGGGGGCGGGCUCCUGCUGCUGGCCAUCACCGCCGUGCUGGUGGCGUACAAGCGGAAGACGCAGGACGCGGACCGCACGCUCAGGCGGCUCCAGCUGCAGAUGGACAACCUGGAGUCCCGGGUGGCUCUGGAGUGCAAGGAAGCCUUUGCUGAGCUGCAGACGGACAUCAACGAGUUAACCAACCACAUGGCCGGGGUGCAGACCCCCUUCCUGGACUACCGGACCUACGCCGUGCGCGUGCUCUUCCCAGGCAUCGAGGCCCAUCCGGUGCUCAAGGAGCUGGACACACCCCCCAACGUCGAGAAGGCCCUGCGCCUCUUCGGGCAGCUGCUGCACAGCCGAGCCUUCGUCCUCACCUUCAUCCACACGCUGGAGGCCCAGAGCAGCUUCUCCAUGCGCGACCGCGGCACCGUGGCCUCGCUCACCAUGGUGGCCCUGCAGAGUCGCCUCGACUACGCCACGGGGCUGCUCAAGCAGCUGCUGGCCGACCUCAUCGAGAAGAACCUGGAGAGCAAAAACCACCCGAAGCUGCUGCUCCGCAGGACCGAGUCGGUGGCUGAGAAGAUGCUCACCAACUGGUUCACGUUCCUGCUUCAUAAGUUCCUGAAGGAGUGCGCCGGGGAGCCGCUCUUCCUGCUCUACUGCGCCAUCAAGCAGCAGAUGGAGAAGGGCCCCAUCGACGCCAUCACUGGCGAGGCGCGCUACUCGCUGAGCGAGGACAAAUGA